AAAUUCAUUUACAUUCAGCGACCACUGUGUUCAUCCAUUUAGCGAAAUACUUUGACAAAAUUCGUGAUUCUGUGCAUAUGGUAUAUGGUUUGUGUUGAACUCAUUCGUUUCUUAAUUCGAAGUUUCGAAUAAUCAAAUGCCGAUCCUGUCACAUUGUGAUGAUGCUAAUAAUGGCCAUGAUGCAGUUGCCGUUGCGGUUUUAGCCCCUUCCACAAACUAUGAUUUCGAUCGGCCUGCCAUUGUGAUACUGCACUGGAAGUGACUGGUCAUGCUGAUAGCAGCGGUUAAUGCGCAGCGAAGAUAAUGUGUAUUUACCGCGACUGAAACAUUAGGCCGUCAGAAGGUUCGUAUUCUUAAACUGAUGCAAAAGGAAACUACUAUUUACGACUAGCUGACAAGUAUCACUGACAUUGAGGCUUCCGGAAAAAUUCAAGAUGCGCUUGUCGUAAUCAAACUUGUUGUGCUCGUGUCAGUUGUUACCUGUUCAUUCUUUUUUCAAAGACUGCUAAUUUGUAUCGGAAGUGUGAGUGCUAAGCGAGGAAGACAACGCUUGCUGAUGCUAUUGCGCGCGGAUACGAUUUACAUAAGCCUAAGUUUUAAACAGGGCUAUUGGUUAGCUGUCUAACAGUUUGACUUGAAGGACACGCUGACAUCUAAUGCGUCUAGCGAAAGGAAUCAUCCAAGAAAGUCAGUUGGAAAAAGCGAUCUCGACUUGUUGGCGGGCCAGCUUUUUGUGAACGGACUCUAACAAGCUCAUUACUUCUUCGAGAAAGGUAGGCCACUCAGAAUUAAACUGCAAUUAACAACAAGAACAUUUACAUUGAAUAGUGUCUCUGCAUUUAUACUGACCGAUACCAGUGUAAUAACAGCUGAAAUCGCUAUUAGUGCGAUCGUUAAUCGCAACGAAAUCAGUAUACUGGGCAAUUAAGACAGGCACUCUAUACUUUGACAAAGUAUUUCCUUAAUUUCGCAUUAACAGCUCCAGUUUGCGAUUUUAUCAUAUCUUACAUAUGAGGGAAAUAGCACGAAAGAGCACCACGAAAUCAAUGUUCUUCCCUGGUGUCUGGUAUCGUCAUUCGUGCGUUAAAUUGGAUUGAGUUAUGUGUGGUCUUGAUCCGUCAGUAAAGCAUAUAUAAUUCUUCAAAAAUGAGCUUCCCAAUGCGUUUUGUUCGACUAAAGCGGCUACAACGCAGCAUAACUGGCUAUGCAGGGGUCACGGUGCCGUUACGCGCAGCCAUGAGUACGGUAAAAAUACCGAGGAAGCUCUAUGAGAGCGCGUUGCAGGCCUGGAGUCAGGUAGUUGAAAACGCUAGCGAUCAAUGGCGAAGGAUCUUGUCUAGAGAUCAGGUUUCCAAAUUGGAGCCACGACUUGGUGUUCAGUUGAAUGACGCAAAUCAGGAAAAUGUGCGGGGCAAUAGCGGUAAGGGACAGACUGUACUAGGUCCACUUCUUGAUGAUGCGAUCUCGGAGGAGACGAUUGGACACGACGUUAUCAAGGACGACGUUCUUGAAAGAGCUCUCAAAGAAGACCGCGCUCAAGCAACUAAAAAUAACGUAGAGAAGGUCGAUCAAAGCGCUUCUGAAAAUUCGGAAGUCGAUGUUGAGGAACGAACAAAAGGUACAACCUCUGUACCGGUUUCUACAGCUAUUUCGGAUUCUGCUACUACAACCAAAGAAGCCAAAAGAAAUAUUCCGGUCGAAUUGCUUCUAAGAACUCAGGACGACAUUGAUGCGCGAUCGAGACAUCUAAUUCGUGCAAUUCAGCUUGCUGAUCUUCCGUCGGUGAUGACUCAAAGGUCUGUAGGAACACACGUAGAGAUAGAUACCUUUCAAGGGCAGGUAGGGGACGUAUUUUCACUUACGAUUCCUUUCUGUAGGUUAGAAGAGUUCUCCGAGCAUUUACUGCGCUAUCCGAAUUCUCGCGCGACAGUUAUCAACGAUAAGGCGCUAUCAGUUUUACUGGAGGUGAAAAUGAAAACGCGCGAUGAACCUGUUCGUGCGCUUACACGACAAUGUCUAAGUGUGCUAGGUUAUGCGGAACCACCUCGUGGGCCGGGAAUACGAAUUUUGAGUAUCGACGGCGGAGGUGUACGCGGCUUGCUUGUCAUUGAAGUGCUUCGUCAACUCGAAAAGUGCACCGGAAGAAAGAUCUCAGAACUAUUCGACUACGUCGUAGGGGUGUCCACCGGUGCCAUCCUCGUCGGAAUAUUGACCGCUCUUCAAAAGGAUUUGGACGAAUGUCACCGACUCUACCGUAACAUGAGUUCGACGGUGUUCCAACAAAGUUCAUGGUGGGGCACCGGAAAACUUGUUUGGAACCACGCCUAUUACGACACAAUGCAGUGGCAACAAAUACUCCAAGAACUUUAUGGUGACCUGACCAUGAUUCAUUCAAGUCGAAUUCAAGAUAUGCCUCGAGUCGGAAUUUUAUCGGCAAUUGUAAAUAAGCAGCAGUUGGUGCCAUUCCUGUUCCGAAAUUAUCAACUACCGCCUCGGGAUGAAAGUUACUAUGCUGGCAGCUGUAGCCCCCAUGUUUGGGAAGCUGUUCGGGCUAGCAGUUCGGCUCCUUUCUAUUUCGAAGAGUUUCAUUAUAACGGAGACGUUCAUCAGGAUGGGGGAAUUAUACAAAAUAAUCCUACUGCUGCGGCGAUCCAUGAAUCACGCCUUCUUUGGCCGGACGAAAAGAUUCAAUGUGUUGUGUCCAUCGGCUCUGGGCGGUACAUUCCCGAAGAGAGUCCCAGCAGCUGCGCUAGAUCAACCUCCCUGAAGACAAAAAUUGUAAAAAUCGUUGACUCUGCUACCGAUACUGAGGCAGUGCACACGCUUUGCAAUGAUCUUCUGCCACCGGGAACUUAUUUCCGAUUUAAUCCGUACCUAAGCGAGCCGUUCACCCUGGAUGAAACUCGGCCAGAAAAGAUGGACAAACUGCGUCACGACGCCCAAAUGUACCUGCGUCGAAAUGGCAAAAAGUUCGAGCGAGCCGCUGAACUUCUAGUUCAACCUAGGACUAUUUUUCAACGCUGCAAAGAUUACUUUAAGGAUAACGUCCAAGAACGGCUCGUUUGAAGAUCUUUUGAAAAUCUAGUUGGAUAAAUCGCGCUCUUCCGUCUUUAUUUUACUUGGCACCUAAUUGCAAGCGAUAUUACUCGAACCAUUGUUGUUACUUUUAAUAUAGAUAUAUAACGAUACCACUAAUUUGGAGCUAAUCAUAGAACUUGAAGGAAAACUAAAUGCAGACAAAUGAAGGCGCAGAAUAGAGAAAUUAUAUUGGUCACGGAAGUCUGUUGUUCGUUGAGAAAGGUUACGUGCUAUAUUUUUGCAAUCCGUUCCAUCUAUUGUUAUUCUUGGGUUUACUUUCCAUUAUAUGCUCGGACUGAGGCGUUCGCGUACGGACCCAUAUCGGCUUGUUUAUAUGAGAAAGGGACUAAGUUUUGUUGCACUGCUUUUUAAGCAAUCUCCAGAACUAUUCUCAAUGGAAAGCAACAAAGAAACGAGUAACGGCUUAUUGGGAUCUAAACAGCAAAAAAGCAGAUCAUGCAUUAAGCCAACAAGCCUUCAAGGCAGGUUCUCAAGACACGAAAAGAUCAUUUUUACAGAAUGAGUAUUUGGCAACAGGUACGAGCCAUUGGGAUAUUGACGUUAAAGUGGAUAAGCUUUUGUAUAUAUUGUAGUGAUACAGGAAAUUUAUACCUAGUAACACCAUACGCACAUAGAAAAGUAAAAGUAAUGUUAGAUAUCCUAGUUGGCUGUGAUGUAAUUGAAAGUGAAGCAAAGAAUAUGAUAAGUGAAGUGAUUGAUUAACUAUUUAUUGAGCUUCUACGCAUGAUGCACACAAACUGUACAUAUAAGUAGGAUAUCAUAGGGUAUAUACAGAAUAAUAAUAAAAUUUGGUUAUUGCAAUAUUCUAUACCAACGAAA